CUCCGUAUAGUUCAGUAAUCAAAUGGUAUAGCGCAUAUUUGAAGCAUCCAUUGCAUCCAUUUUAACAGAAAUUAUUUAUAUUUAUUUUGUGGUAUUGUGAAUUUUAAUUUUUUUAAAACGAAACAAAAAUGGGUGGCGGAGAUUUGAAUUUAAAGAAAUCAUGGCAUCCAAAUACAUUGAAAAAUCAAAAGCGUGUAUAUGAAGCAGAGCAAGCCAAUGCGGCCGAAAAGCGUAAAUUGCAGGAACUACAGCGUGAGAUACAACAUGAACGAAAUUUCGAAGAGUUGAAAAAAAUUGGCCAAAGUUCAGGUGUUCUGGCUGCUGACGACAGCAAACGGCUCGAAUGGAUGUAUAAAGGUUCCGAAAGUACAUUGAAUCGUGAAGAUUAUUUAACGGGUCGUGCGAUUGACAAACACUUUGAACAACAAGAUAAAAAUGAACGACAAAAAGAAGCCGCCAAAUUGGUCGGUGUUACUGAGCCCAUAAAUCAUGUCGAACAUGAAUGCAUACCAUUCUCUAUACGUGCAUUUCGGGGUGCACCCGCGAGCGAAGACCAAGUUGAUUUGCAGCGUAAAAUUAUGGAAGAUCCAUUGAUGAUGAUACAACAACGUGAAAUGGAAACACGUCAAAAAUUAUUGCAAAAUCCAGUGAAAUUGAAAGAAAUCCAUCGACUUUUGCAGGCUGAUAAAAAAUUAAAAGAAUCAUCGUCGCAUAAAAAGAAGAAAAAAUCGAAAAAAUCACACAAGAAAGGCUCACAUUCGGAUUCAAAUGAUAGCGAUGAUUUAGACUCACAAUUGGCCAAAAAAUAUAAACAAUUAUUGGGUGAGAAGGGUGAACAAUCGGAUGUGUUGAACAUUGAUAAAUUGUUGCAUGAAAAAUAUGAAAAAUUAUCGUCGGAAUUGGAUAAAAUAAAAAAAUCAAAAAAGAAGGAGAAAAAGAGUAAAUCGAAAAAGGAAAAAAGAGGCAAGAGUAGCAGCAGUGACAGUUCUGAUUCAAGUGCUGAAAAAUCGAGAAAAAAUAAACCAAAAGAUUAUAAACGACAUGAGUCACCGAUGAGACAUCGUUUCGAUAGAAACGAUGACAAAUAUGCCAGAGAUCGUUCAGGUCGUUCGCCACAGCGAAAUCGAUUCAAUCAAUCAAGAAGAUCUAGAUCACCGAGAAGAAAUGAUUGGCAACGUAAUGAAAAUAAUUCGCGUUUUAAAAAUGGUAGAAACGAUCGAUUUGACAAUUCACGACGUCACCCAAAUUCACGUCGACGUUCAAUUUCUCGACAAAGAUCUCGUUCACCACGUCAAAAUCAACAGGUCGAACGAAGACCCAAUUAUCGUGGUGGUCGCAAUUCAUCCAUUUCACCAGCUCAAAAUGCGUCGUCUCGAAAUAAACGGAACUCAUCGUUUGAUCGACACCGAAACCAAAGGAAUGACAACCACAAAAAUGAGCGUCGUCGCAACAGCAAAUCAAGGUCAUUGUCACCAAAACGAAAAACGAGACGGUUAUCACGAUCCCGUUCCAGAACUCGUUCAAAUGAACGACAAGCAAGAAAAUCACGAACCCAACAUAGAAAUGAAUCAAAAUCACCUGAAAAACCAAAAUCUUCACUAGAAAACGAUAAGAAUCAUACGGAACGGGCGGUGCGAACAGUUGCAUUGCCACCAAAAAAACCUGCAUCCAGAUCGGCAAGUAGCAGCAGCAGCAGCAGUAGCAGUGGUUCGGAUUCAGAUGAUAGCCGGGAAAAGAGAGCACCACUCAAUUAUGGCCUGGUUACAGCCGGCGGUGAAAAAAUUGAAUUAAAAAAUGACAAAAAAUACGUGCCAACUGUUGUAGAAAAAAAGACCACAUCGACGUUUAUUCCGCCGUCGCAACCAAAAAAGAAAUUAACCGAAGAGGAAAAAGAGGCACGUUUACGUGAAAUGCAACAGAAUGUCAAAUGGCAUGAUAAAGAGCAAAUUUUAAGCCGACAGCGUCAUGAAGAACGCCAAAAACGUGAAACCGAACAAGAGAAAAACAUGGAAUUUGAUCGCAAUUACAUUCACAAAGAGAUGCACAAGGCGCUGACAAAUCAAAAUAGCGUUGAGGCUCGAUUGAAAUCAAACAAAAAUAAUAUUCAACGAAUGUCUAGUUCGAUGCAUUCACAUUUUGCACGAAAAUAAAUAAAAUGAAAUCAUCUUAAGAUGACAGAAAAUGAGGAAAAAAUUA